GUGAAUCAACCGAAUCCUUUGAUCCCUCGGCGUUUCAUAUUGGGGUUAACAUGGGUUAACAUUACGUAUUCCAUAAUAUCCUUAAACAUAACUGUAAAUCCCUCGAACAAGUACUGUUGUUGUCUACCCCUACCCUCGCUGGUUGUUAUUUGUUACUUGUUUUCUCGGAACGAGAUGGCGUCUUUGAUAAAGUUCGGAGUUUAUAAAUCCUUUUUUCAAUCGCAUUUGGUGGCUUUUAGAUCAAAAAUAUCGUCAACCAUUAUAAAUUCAAUUGCAGCAAAAUCUCCAAGCAACAGAUUUUAUUCUGACGGCGGAAAGUUAAAAGUUGAUGGAUCUGUUGUCGAGUUGGAUGGUGAUGAAAUGACACGAAUAAUAUGGGAAAAAAUAAAAGAAAAGUUAAUACAUCCGUAUCUUGAUGUGGACAUUAAAUAUUAUGAUCUUGGACUACCAUAUCGUGAAGAGACUCGUGAUCAAGUCACCAUUGAUGCAGCUGAAGCAAUCAAGAAAUAUAAUGUUGGCAUCAAGUGUGCAACUAUCACUCCUGAUGAAGCCAGAGUCAAAGAGUUCCAAUUGAAGAAGAUGUGGAAGAGUCCCAAUGGAACCAUUCGAAACAUUUUAGGCGGAACUGUAUUUCGUGAGCCCAUAAUUUGUAAAACCAUACCACGUCUUGUUCCAGGCUGGGAGAAACCUAUUGUCAUAGGUCGACAUGCUUUUGGUGAUCAGUACAAAGCAACUGACUAUGUUGUCCGAGGUCCAGGAAAAUUUACCAUUUCAUUUGAACCAGAGAAUGGAGAGAAAAAGACUACUGUUGUGUAUGACUUUAAAGGUGAUGGAGGAGUCAUGAUGGGCAUGUAUAAUACAGAUGAGGCAAUUAGAGACUUUGCAAAUAGCUGUUUCCAAUAUGCCCUGUUGAAGAAGUGGCCUCUAUAUAUGAGUACAAAAAACACUAUCUUGAAGCGUUACGAUGGACGUUUUAAAGAUAUCUUUGAAGAAAUUUAUGAAGAAGAAUAUAAAGGAAAGUUUGAGACUGCUAAUAUCUGGUAUGAGCAUAGGCUAAUUGAUGAUAUGGUUGCCUACGCAAUGAAAUCUCCCGGAGGAUUUGUUUGGGCAGCCAAAAAUUAUGAUGGUGAUGUACAGUCGGAUACUCUAGCACAAGGUUAUGGUUCUCUUGGACUAAUGACUAGUGUCUUAGUAUGUGCUGAUGGUAAAACCAUUGAGGCUGAAGCUGCUCAUGGUACAGUAACUAGACAUUACAGGGAACAUCAAAAGGGGAAUGAAACUAGUACAAACCCCAUUGCUAGUAUUUAUGCAUGGACACAAGGUUUAGCACACAGGGGUAAACUUGAUGGAAAUAAUGAACUUGAAAGGUUCAGUGUAUUGUUGGAAAAAGCGUGCGUUGAUUGUGUGGACAAUGGUCAAAUGACGAAAGACUUGGCUGCAUGUAUUUACGGACUUUCAAAUGUUAAAAGGGAACAUUACCUGAAUACCGAAGACUUCCUGGACGCUGUUAAAGAUCGUUUCUUAUCUCAAUGGCAGUCUACAUAGAAAGCUUUGAUAGUAGAGUAGAACAGCACUAAGUUAUGAAUCAUAUUUUUUUAAAAUAAUUAGUGAUUUAAAAAUCUUAAUCUAUAGUUCACGUUACUUUCUCACCUUCUCUUGAAUUACAUUAAAUGUUCUCAAAGGAUGUGUAUAUAAGUGUGUCAAUAAAAUAAAACGAAAAAACUAUGAAA